UUUACAAAUUUCUAUAAGAUCAGUCGUUAAUAAUUUUGUUUUCACAUUUUUCUUGAAAAUAUUAAGAGUUGAGUUUGUUUUAAAAUCAUCAGAUAAAAAUUUAUUCCAUAGGUAUGGUCCCCUAUGUCUAAUUGAAAACGUACAAGAUUUUAAUAAAAUCUUUGGCACUUGAUAAUUAUUUUUUGAAAACCUAGUAUCAUAUUUAUGUUGUAUUAAACUAAAUAGACGAUAUCGCAGUUGCCGUAAAAUUUGAACUGCGCAAAGCAUUCUGGGAUCGUUCUGGGGAUAAACAUUAUCUAGCGCUGUGAGAGUAGCCAUUUUAAUAUUGAUUUUCAUAUGAGCAGAGCUGUGUUACUGAGAUUUCUAUAAAUACAUCGAUGGAAUUGAAUAAAAAUGAAAGUACUUUCAACUUAGAUGGUGAUACAAAUGUUUACUACAAACGUUUGGUGUGAAAAGUUUGAAAGCUGGGCAUGAUGUAGCUUGUAACUUCGCUGCUUGGAAGUUGUCUGAAUUAAAGUUGUUUUUGAAGAUUAGUGGGAAGUUAAAGGGAUUGACAAAUGCCAAAAAACAGAAAGUUCUAGAAACAGUCAUUUUAACUUGGAAAAAAUUAAACUAUAUUCAGCUUUCAUCAACAAUGACGGUGAAGGAAAAUCAAGAUGACACUGAUGCUGCUGCUCCUUCAGCAGCUAUACUUUUGUCGCCUAUACGAAAACCCAUUCCUGGGGUAACAGCAAGCACACCUCGUGAUCCUACGUUGAGAUACCCAAACAUAAAAGAAGGAAUGUGCAAAGCCGAUUUUGAAACAUGGACGAUGUCUCAUCUACAAGAAUUUUUAGGAGACAGAAACAUCAACCGAACUGGAAAUAAAUGCAGAUUAGUGGAAAAUGCCUUCGGAGCUUAUAAAUUGAAUCUUGCAGUAUCAGCAACCAAUAUUCAGGAAGAGAAAGAACAAAUUAAGAGGGACGUUUCUGCUAAGCUGCUAUUAGAGAAUGGUUUGAUGAGACUGCCCGAUCCCACUACAUUGAAAAAUGAUUGGGUAGAAGCACCCAUAAAUCUGCCUGAUACGUUAAAUAACAAUGUUACCGAGUAUUUAGAAAAAAACAAUGCUGGCAAAGCCUUCAAGGGAGGAAAUUCGUUGUUACAGUCCGGUCAUGUAUCGAAUGUCAUGACACACAUGAUAAGUCCGAACAUUCGUUAUUGUUUUGUACGUGGUUCAUGUCUUCCAGAACAGAAAUUAUCUAAAGAUCCUUAUUCUGUGUGGGUUUGCUUGCACAAAGAUUUUGGUGAUGUAAUUACUGGUGAUUGUAGUUGCACUGCCGGAGUAUCAGGUGUGUGCAAACAUGUUGGUGGUUUACUUUGGUACAUUGAGCGAGAAGUGAGACUGGGACAUAAUCAAACAUGUACAUCAAAGAAGCAGCAGUGGAGUGUUCCGUCCAAGAAGCAGCUAAAAUUGCAUGUCCCUGAUAUAUUAAAUAACAUCACAAUAAAAAAACCAAAAGCUGAAAAAAUUUUAAGUCCCAAUGAAAGCUAUGGACAAAAUAGAUUUCAUUAUGAUCCAAGACAUGUGAACGAUCGUAGUACAGAUUUACUUUACGAGAAAGAUAUUGACGCAUUAGCAGAUGUUACGAAUGGAAAUUGUGGCAUCGUACAGUUGAUGCGUAAACGUUGUCACCAUGAUAAUGCGGAUGGAGAAAUUAUAUCGAAUGUUGUAGAAAUUUCAGAAACAGAACAUGUUGAAACACCUAUGACGGUUCAACAAAAUUUUGAAAAAGUUGGUACGACAUCCUUUGAAAAUUUUACUAGCCAUUUGAAAAUUAGUCCUGCACAGCAACUUCUUGUUCAAGAACUUACAUCUAAUCAAAGCAAGGAUGUAUCAUGGUUUGAAUACCGACGUGAUCGUGUCACAGCAUCAAAGUUUAAAGACUGUUGUAUAAAAGUUGAUAAUAACUUUGAUAUUAUAAACCCCAAGAAAACACGUACUUUGAUAUCUAAAGUUUGCGGUUACUAUGAUUCAAAAUAUCAAUCGAAAGCAUGUCGAUGGGGCAUAAAUAAUGAACCUGUCGCCAGAAAGAUAUACGAGAAGAACAUGAAAAAAUCUCAUCGACACUUCAAAGUUAUGGAACCUGGAUUUUUUAUUGAUAUGGCAUAUCCAUUUAUUGGUGCAAGCCCCGAUGGAUUAGUUAGUUGUAGUUGUCAUGAUCCUGGCUUAUUAGAAAUUAAGUGUCCUUGGACUCAUCUUGGAUUGAAUAUACCUGAGUAUGCCUCGAAGAAGGAUUCAUGUUUGGAAAUUGUUGGCGUAGAUAUUAAAUUAAAACGUAAACAUACAUAUUUUUAUCAGAUGCAGUGCCAAAUGCAUGCAACCGGAAGGAACUGGUGUGAUUUUUUUCUUUGCACCACGAAAGACAGUUUUGUUGAAAGGAUUAUGUUUGACAAAGAGUUUUAUGAUAUGGCUGUUCGAAAAGCCACAGUCGUGUAUAAGGAGUUGAUACUACCUGAAAUAUAUACUAGAGACUUAUGCUAUACAUUGCAUGUGGAGAAAGAAGUGAAGGAGACUGUCGCAGAUAUUGUUGAUCAUGUUACUAUUGCUUUAUCUAAUACCUCAUGAAAAGAAACUUCUUGUACAUCAUUUUUUUGUUAAUAUUUUGAAGUAAAAAGCUCUGAACAUA